AUGCCUGUCUCAGUCGGAAUCAACGGCUUUGGCCGUAUCGGAAGAAUUGUGUACCGAAAUGCCGUCGAGCACGAUGACGUCCACGUUGUGGCUGUCAACGAUCCUUUCAUCGAGCCCAAGUACGCCGCAUACAUGUUGAAGUAUGACAGCACACACGGUCAAUUCAAGGGCACAAUCGAAGUCAAGGGUGACUCCUUGAUUGUCAACGGCAAGGAGGUCAAGUUCUACAUGAAGAAAGAUCCCGCCGAGAUCCCAUGGUCCGAGACCGGUGCACAAUACAUUGUCGAGUCCACUGGUGUCUUCACCACCACCGAGAAGGCCUCUGCCCACUUGAAGGGCGGUGCGAAGAAGGUGGUCAUCUCGGCCCCUUCUGCUGAUGCCCCUAUGUUCGUCAUGGGUGUCAACAACAAGGAAUACAAGUCCGACAUUCCAGUCAUCUCCAAUGCCUCCUGCACAACCAACUGCCUUGCACCUCUCGCCAAGGUCAUCAACGACACUUUCGGCAUGAAGGAAGGCCUCAUGACCACCAUCCACUCGUACACCGCUACCCAGAAGACGGUCGAUGGCCCAUCUGCCAAGGACUGGCGAGGUGGCCGAACUGCUGCCCAGAACAUCAUUCCCAGCAGCACCGGUGCAGCCAAGGCUGUCGGCAAGGUUAUUCCAUCUCUCAAUGGAAAGCUGACCGGCAUGUCCAUGCGUGUUCCUACCUCGAACGUCUCCGUCGUCGAUCUUACCUGCGUUCUCGAGAAGCCUGCUACUUACGAUGAGAUCAAGAAGGCCUUGAAGGAUGCUUCGGAAGGCGAACUCAAGGGCAUUCUCGCAUACUCCGAGGACGACCUCGUCUCCAGUGACUUGAAUGGAGACCCGCACUCGUCCAUCGUCGAUAGCAAGGCUGGUAUCGCUCUCAACGACCACUUUGUUAAGCUUGUGUCCUGGUACGACAACGAGUGGGGUUACUCCCGCCGUGUUCUGGACCUUUUGGCGUACAUCGCUAAGGUCGAUGGAAACGCUUAA